GCCACCAUAACCGCCUCAGCCCUAUCUCUCAAGCAACACUGAAUUACUCGUCCUAGUACAGCUCUACUACCAGCAUGGCUUCUGAAUCUCGCCUGUAUACCUUCUCGACGGAGACAAAGGACAAGCUACGCAAGUUCCGACUAGGCACCUCGCGAGCAAAGGACCCCCAGGCUGUCAUAUACCAGAUUGAUAAGAAGACGUUGGAGAUUUCACAGGCAGAGGACGAUGUCUUUACCAAUAUGCAGGACCUAGGUGACGAGCUGCCAGACCAUGCUCCGCGAUUCAUCCUCCUCAGCUACCCCCUCACCCUCCCCUCCGGCCGGCUAUCAGUGCCGUACGUUAUGGUAUACUACCUUCCUGUCACAUGCAACAGCGAGGUUAAGAUGCUGUAUGCUGGUGCCAAGGAGCUCAUGCGCAACACCGCCGAGACGGGUAAGAUAAUCGAGAUCGACUCCGCCGAAGACCUCGAGGACAUCGAAGAGAAGCUCAAGGGGGAAUCAUGAUAUGGGAAGACCAAGGUUAAAUACAUCAUUCUUCCUUGUCAUACUCAUAUAGAGCGCAUCGGUCCGUCGGCCGCCUCAUAGUAGAGGUCAUUGCUGGUUAUGAUAUCCAGGUAUAAGGACUAUUUUGCGCUUCCAAAUUACUGGCGUCUUGUCGUCUGUAACGAGACCCACACUAUCAACCUUCA